AUGGUAGCAGCAGCCAUGAUUAAAAAGCAUGAGUCAUUGAGUGGCAGCAAAAAGCGUUGUAUUGGUCACACCCUUUGUAGUAGAAGAGGCAAGUAUAGCAGAGAUGAAGAUGGUAAUCUUAACUUCCAUAUUGAUCCAAAAUCUCUGAAAGACUAUUAUGGUCAGUUUUCUAACAGCAGGCUGGGACGGUUGAGAGAGGAAGCACUGUCAUAUCUAGUUGAAGCUCUGUCCAUCAAUGUGGAGAACGAGUUUGUGGAGGCCGAGUUUGUGACAUUGCUGCAUCAACUCUUGAAUUCUGUCAAGAAGGGUUGUGGUAAAGAGAGAUUGUUAGCUUCCCAUGUAGUAGGAUUGUUGGCGAUUACUGUCUCGUCCCACGAGUAUGCUCAUACUGUGUAUGAAGACUCUCUCUCAGUUCUGUCACAGGCUCUCGAACAUGAUUAUGAGGGGUUAAGGAUGUUGGAAUGUCUAGGGAUUGUGACUUUUUUCGGUUCUGCAAAUUCAGAGGAAACUCAGAUUGCUAUGCAGAUAAUUUGGAAAUAUGUUUGUCCUGCUAAUAAGAAUAUUACAAGUAAACCUGUUCUUGCUGCAGCAAUAACUGCUUGGCCUUUUCUACUUUCAACUGUUGAUGGGUGGAGGCUGAAUCAUAAAUCAUGGAGAAGAGCUGUAUCUCGGUUAUCUAAUCUACUAGACGACGAGGAGGAAUUGGUUCGAGUUGCAGCAGGUGAAGCACUGGCUCUCAUACUUGAAACUGAAUCUAUUGAGAAGUUUUCUGGUGAGAUAAACAAUUCCUUGAAUGAAUUCAAGCAUGAAGUGAAGGAAAACAUAGUGAACAAACUGACUAUAGUGGAGGAUGAACAUUCCGCGGAAAUUUUGAGAUGUUUGGAGGAUGGUUAUGGUCUUGGAGCAGCAAUGAUUGGUGAAGAUGGACUGGUUUUAUCAUCAUUGUCUCAGAUAGUUCAACUGAACUUCCUGAAGAAUUUUCUGGGUGAAAAUGAAUUUGCCACACACAUGAUGGAGAACAAUCGUCUUCGCAAUGCUUUCGAGUUGACAACAAUGGCAGAGGAUUCUUCAUGGGAUGCAUAUGCAGAUUGCACACCCAUAAGAGAGGAGAUUGUUGUUCACUUCUAUCAGCAUGAAGCUGUAAGACAAGAAGAAGAUGGCUCCAUGUUAACUUUUGUGAGCAGAGAAGAAAAACAGUUACUGAAGAGGAUGACAAAGUCUCCAAACUCCUACCUAAGCAAGGCAAGGACAAAAGUAUUGAACAAGAACCGUAUUGUGAAGAACCGAAUUGUAGAAAAAGAAUAUUGA